AGCCGAAGACGUCGGCUCUGUCAUGUGAUCAGCUGUGUCCAAUCACAGCCGAUCGCAUGGGACAUCUACACUGAUCAUCAGGGCACUGAUGAUCAGUGUGCCCGGAUGAUCAGUGUAGCCCCAGCAGUGCCACCUGUCAGUGUCCAUCAAUGCCAGAUGUCAGUGCUCAUAAAUGCCACCUGCCAGUGCCCAUCAGUGCCACAUCAAUGCAACAUAUCAGUGCCUACCAGUGCACAUCAAUGCCACAUAUCAGUGCUCAUCUGAGCUGCCUUUCAGUGCCACCUAUUUCAGUGCCAGUCUUAUCAGUGCCAGUCAGUGCCGCUUAUCAAUGCCCGUCAGU